AUGUCCUCGGAGAGAAUAGCAAACAAAGUAGAAGGUAUCGCACCUCCCUUACCUGUAUUCUCCUCGGCAAUACUGUCCAAUGGAUUCGUAUACUGUUCAGGUCAGAUUGGAGCUACCCCCGAUGGGAAGUUGGUAGAGGGUCCUAUAAGCAAGAGAGUGAACCAAAUCAUGGACAAUCUAGAUAAAGUUUUAAAAGCCCAUGGAAGUUCGUUGGAACAUACAGUGAAAUUCAACAUCUUUAUAACAUCCUAUGACAGUUUCGCCGAGUUGAACGAAACUUAUGCCAAACGAAUACCUUCCCCCGCACCAGCCAGAUCAUGUAUCGGUGUAGCUUCUCUUCCAUUCGGUACGGAUGUGGAGAUUGAAUGUGUAGGGAUUGUACCAGGAUACAAGGCGAAGUUGUAG